CGCCAACACCCUCACACCCACCACGAUGCUUUGCGCCAUUUCCGGAGAAGCUCCACGGGAACCCGUUGCGUCGCGCAAGAGCGGCAAUGUCUUCGAAAAGCGCCUGAUCGAGGCGCACAUUGCCGAAAACCACACAGACCCUGUCACUGGCGAAGACCUCUCAGUCGAGGAUCUGGUUGAGCUCAAGUCGCCGCAAGUCGUCAGCCCCCGACCGCCGAACCUCACAUCCAUUCCUGCACUUCUCAGCGCCUUCCAGAACGAGUGGGACGCCAUCGUACUCGAGACACAUACCCUCAAGCAGCAACUGGCGCAGACACGACAGGAGCUCAGCACGGCGCUGUACCAGAACGAUGCUGCGACGCGCGUGGUUGCGCGACUGACGCGCGAGAGAGACGAGGCACGAGAGGCGCUCUCGAACGUCACCGUCAGCGGUGGCCGCAAUGGCGAUGCUAUGCAGGUCGAUGGCCAGGCGCUGCCUGAGGAGCUUGCCGCCAAGGUUGACGAGACACAACAACAGCUCUUUGCGACGCGCCGAAAGCGACCCGUCCCCGAGGGCUGGGCUACCGGCGCGGACAUCUCCACAUUCGAUGUUGCCUCCUCGAGCAAGCCUCUCUACCCUGGAAGUAGCGCUGUCUCUGUCGACGAGUCUGGCGAUAUGGCACUGUUCGGCGGCGCGGAUGGCGUUGCAGGCGUAUACUCGAUCUCGCAGGAGAAGGUGGUGCAGGUGCUCAAGGCAGGCAGCCCAGUCACAGCUACGACGUGGUGGGGCUCGCGCGCAGUCGUCGCGACUGCUGCUGGUACCGUGAAGAUCUUCGAGAACGGCAACGAAAUUGCGCAGCUUGGCUCGCACGCAGGCGCCGUCACAUCACUCUCUCUUCAUCCUAGCGGCUCUAUCCUGGCUUCUGGAGCCGCGGACAAGCGCGUCGCAUACUACGACCUCGCGACAUUCAAGACGGUCUCCCAGAUCUACACCGAAGCCGAUAUCACUGCAUCCUCCUUCCACGUCGAUGGUCUGCUCCUCUUCGUCGGCAGCUCGGACGGCAAGAUCCGCAUCUUCGACGUCAAGACCGGCGCCUCUAUGGCCGAGCUCGACAGUGGCGCCCCAAUUGCGGCCAUUUCCUUCUCUGAGAACGGCACUUGGUUCGCAGUCGCUCAAAAGGGGUCGAGUCAGGUCUCCAUCUGGGACAUCAGGAAACAGAACGUUAUCAAGGUCCUUGAAGCUGGCAGCCCUGUUGAGAACGUCAAGUGGGACUACACAGGCCAGUUCCUGGCGGCAGCUGGGUCGGGCAGCAUUUCAGUCCAGCAGUACACCAAGGCAUCGAAGAGCUGGUCCGAGCCCGUACGAAAAGCGGUACCUGCGAAGGAUGUUGCUUGGGGUGCGAACGCAGGAAGCUUAGUCGCACUGACUUCAGAAGGUGGGCUAAGCAUCUUGAGCUCUGCAUGAGGGAGACGAUCGUAGCACUCUGCAAGGAGAAGACGCAGCAUACAACCUGCAAGCGGGCCACCAGGAGAAGCGCAGCGACUGGGGAAGCAUGAGGUGGGGAUGAUGUAAGAUUGGUCUUGGAUCUAUGGCAUAACGCCCAAAAGCUCGGGAUAAGUUGCACUCAGAGGUGGCAUAUCAUUUCGAAUAGGCCUAUAGGAGGUGCCGCGGCGCCUGGAGCAAUGCAACACAGUUGGCCCUUCUGUAUAUAAUUGGGCAAUACAUCCUUCAAAUACUUGACUUGCAUUAGCACAUCUUCGUAAAUAGAAAAUGAGACGGAUGCAGUAGCUCG